UUACUGCUUUAUUAAGCUAAGCAGCUUGGAUUUGAUGGAUCAGGCCGAGAAACAGAGUGAUUAGGGCAGAGAGAGAGAGAGAGAGAGAUGGGUACGCAGCGAGGGAUAAAAGAAAAAGAGUGGCAGCGAAAGCAGAGAAAGAAGGUAGAUCAGGAGCCUUGCAUUUCGCUUUAGCAUUGCACACAGCACACACCGCCCUACAUACACGCUACUCCUAGUCCUGUACCAGUAGUCUUAACCCCUAGAGCCCGGGGCCUGCGAAGCAUUCAGGUUCAGGAUUUCAGGAGCAAGGUGGUGUGUAGGCAGCAGAGAGGCAUUGCUUCGCGUGGUCAACUCUAAGGAAAGAAAAGAUUUGUUGGUGGGUUCUUGCUGCAACUGAAGCCGGAUUCGUGAUCCCUGGUGCGAUUGGUUGCGGCAAGCUGGCCCAUUGCUCCUAAUUCGUUCCGUGAUUUGAGGCUCCCGGAUAAAAAAUCUGGGCUUGGAGCCAAAUUUGUGCGGGAUUUGAGGUUUCCUUGCGCAAAGGUCGCGCCUUGCCGUGUUUGGUGGCAGAUAGGAGCCUCUGGAUUGGAGUAGAGGAGAGAGGGAGGGGUGUAGAUUCUUCCAUUGCUUUGGACGGGAAGGUAUGAGACCAUGAGAGAAGAGAGCAACAAGAAGAGCAAGCUCUCCUGGUCGAAAUCCCUCGUGAGGAAGUGGUUCAAUAUCAAGACUAAGGCGCAGGAUUUCCAUGCAGAUUAUGAUGCUUGCCAAGGGAGGGACGGCCAUGGUGGUAAAUGGAGGACCAACUGCUCAGAGAGGGAGGCAGGCACAUCCAAGAAAAGCAGAACUGACCGGUCGUCAAAGCGGAAUAUGGACCGGAUCCGUGUAGGGAGGAAUGACUUCGAUGCGGCACGACAGACAGAAGUUCAGGAUUACAGAAUCUUUGCCUCCACAUGGAAUGUCGGUGGUAAAUCCCCACCAAAGGGAUUAAAUUUAGAUGAGUGGCUCCACUCUUCACCUCCAGCUGAUAUCUAUGUGUUAGGAUUUCAAGAAAUUGUUCCUUUGAAUGCUGGAAAUGUUCUUGGCACUGAAGAUAAUCUCCCAGCAAAAAAGUGGGUAUCCCUCAUUAGGAGGACAUUGAACAAGAAUCCUGGGGCGAGCUGUUAUGGUGGCUAUCGCACGCCAUCUCCUGUCCCUGAUCCAGUUGUAGAACUAGAUGCUGAUUUUGAGGGAUCGUCGAGAAGGCAGGAUAGCUUCUCAUUUUUGCAUCGUCGGUCAUUCCACAACCUUAGCCAGAGUUUAAGAGUUGAAGGGAACUAUAUGUUAUCACAACCAAAGUUGGAUCGUAGGUUUAGUGUGUGUGACCCGGUUAGCUUGAGAGGCAGACCGAGUGAUUUUGAUGGAAACUUUCCAUACAUGGGAUCACCGGAUGAUCAUUAUGUUGAGGAGGAUGCAAGUAAGGGAGCAUAUUUUUCACCUUUGCCAUAUGGCUAUGGUGCCUCAGCACCUAUGGAAGAAAAUGAUGACCAGCCAAAUACAUCUAGGUAUUGUUUGGUGGCCAGCAAGCAGAUGGUUGGUAUAUUUCUCACCGUUUGGGUACGCAGCGAAAUAAGACAUGAUGUGAGAAACCUGAAAGUUUCUUGCGUGGGUAGAGGACUAAUGGGUUAUCUUGGAAAUAAGGGGUCUAUAUCCAUUAGCAUGUCUUUGCAUCGCACAACCUUUUGUUUUAUCUGUUGUCAUUUGACCUCUGGGGAAAAGGAGGGAGAUGAACUGCGGAGGAAUUCUGAUGUUAUGGAAAUUCUAAGGAAGACUAUAUUUCCUCGGGUCUGUGGUGCUGGUGAUGUCAAGUCACCAGAAACAAUUCUUGAGCAUGAUCGUAUCAUAUGGCUUGGCGAUUUGAAUUACCGGAUUGCCCUUUCAUACUGCUCGGCUAAAGUGCUUGUUGAAAUGCAUAAUUGGAAGCAACUAUUGGAGAAAGAUCAGCUUCGAAUAGAACAAAGAUGUGGGCGUGUUUUCCAGGGAUGGAAAGAAGGAAGGAUUUAUUUUCCUCCAACAUAUAAAUACUCAUUCAACUCAGAUCGUUAUUCUGGGGAUGGUGUGCGUCCCAAAGAAAAGCGGAGAACACCAGCUUGGUGUGAUCGCAUUUUGUGGUAUGGUAACGGCCUCAUGCAGUUGUCCUAUGUUCGUGGAGAGUCCCGUUUCUCUGACCAUAGACCAGUGUAUAGUAUUUUCAUGGCUGAGGUUGAAAUUGUCCGCCAGAGGAGAAGGAACCUGGGCUAUUUCAGCUCUAGAAUUGAGGUGGAAGAGCUUUUGCCAUAUUCUUACAGCCCUGGAGAAAUGAAGUUCUACUAAACUGGCUCACAUUGACAUAUGGUUGGAGCUUGUUUUCUACUUGAACUUAAGUUGACGGGUUCUUGAUGAGCAAUAACUGGGGUCAAAGGUUGGUUAGAUGAUCAGAUGAAACCUGACAGUAUUUUUUCAUCUGGUUUUCAUUUUUAGCUCUCAAGAUUCACGCUUGACUUUGAAUAAUUAUUGCCGAGUUCUAACCUCAAGUCAGAUGCUUGAGAAGCACAUUUUGCAAAAACUUACUUAAAGGAUACUCAGGCAAUUUUGCUGCUAACUAUUUGCCUGUGAACAGCCAUGUUCAAACAAGGAUCAGCCCACGUCUGUACAUCAUUAACUAUACAGCUCAAGCAACCCUUGCCUUCCAUUUGACGUCCUCUUUUUUUAGGGAUGUUAAUAAACUUCAUCAUUUUUCUUCCCCCUUUGCCUCUGGGAACUUUGUAACAUGGCCGGUGUACCAGUAUCAGCAUGAGGUGUAAAAUCAUUGCAAAUCUGCGUUAGGAAUGAUGCUUGAAUUGAACUGAUCCUGCAUCAUGAUUUUCCAGCGCUGAGGGAACCGUGAUAGAUUGAUGUGACUUCAGAUUUUUGCAAAGUUGUAAUCAUGUGCAUAACUCCCCCCCCCCCCCGUGGUGUAGUACUUGAGAAGCAAAAUGAUGCCUGCAUUUGCUGUGCUCAUUGCUGUGACAAAAAGAAAAGUUGAGCUAAAAUUUUCUAGUUCUUGGACAGAGUCUUGUUUCCUUGCCGGAAUGCAUGGUUGUAUAUGUUAUCAGUUUGCUUGUCCUCUACAUUACGCAUA